UUUACUUUCAAAGCAAUUAAAUAAGAUGUCAACUUGACACCUUGCGCAUGCUUGCUGAAAUCAGUGUUUCCAGUCACUUUUAUUCCUUUUAAAUUCUCUAAAUCGGUUAAUAUUCUUCCCAUGUAAUCAUCACUAACAGUCUGUCAUGUUGAGAUUUAAACCGUCCAACAACUAGAAAAUGACAGACACUAGUGAGUCAGUGAAAAUUAGGUGAAAGUACAUUAUCUCAUUUUGUUUUGGCUUUCCUUUUGUUAGUUUCUCCAAGAGAACGAAAUAGUUGUUAAGAAAUAACUGACAUACUCCAAUAUUUGUGAAACCAUAUUCGUUUUGUCUUUGCGUUUCUUUCUUGUGUAUAUAUGUUUGCAACGCUAAAUUUUGUUGUCCUUCUUUCUCCUGUCCAACUAGCACUGAUUACGAUUUCGAUAAUUGCUGAGUGGUCAACGCCAAUGAACAAAGACAACUUACUAAAAAAAUUACUACAACCACGUGAUGGAUCGCGAGUAAUCCUGCGUAAAUUUGCCAAAAACAUCUGUAUAUGUAUGCAUCUGAAUGGGACAGUCUAUACAGAGCGUAUAAUUAACCAGACACUAACCGAUAACUGUGAAUGGCACCUCAGAGCAUCAAGGCAUGGAAUAGGCUUUGAACGCCGACUAACUGAAGACGACAUCACCGACGAAUCUCAAAAACAAUUCCUUUCUAAUCCAUUUACUAACGCAACAAUCUAUGAUGGAACGUCUCCAACGUUAAAUGUAAUUGAUGAGAAAUCCUAUACAUUAGCUUCUGGUUGGACUCAUCAACUGUGGCAACCUGAAGCGACGUGGCAAGUUUAUGGAUUCCAGCCAAAAGGAUUACUAGCUGUUAUUGAAAAACAAAGAAACUCCUCAAGUUUCCAACGUUUCGCUUCAAUGCAUAAAGAAGGUUCCAAUCAGUCGAACGUAAAUAGCACCUCAACAAUAUCUCCAUCAUCCUCAAGUAAUACUGUGAAAAUAGGUUCACAAGAAAUGUUAGUUUUAGAAGCGCCUGCCUAUCACUUCAACACACUGCAUCACAAAGCAAAACUUAAGCACUGUAGCAUGCUGAAAAAUAAACUUGCAAAACUCGUACAAACGGAAUUGCUUAUGAGUUUACAAAUCCUAGAUAAAUAUAGACAAGCAUUUCGGGAUUUCAAACGUCUUAUUAACAAACAUUCAAUAACUAAUCAUAAGUAUAGUAUUAAUAAGGUAACAUCAAAUGCUCUAGCGGAACUGCUAGAUCAGUGGUUGAUGCUUCUGGACUAUAAAUGGCGCCAGACAAUUAGAUUAACCUACAAAACAGAUUCAAUGUCCAAUUAUCAAGUGGACAAUUGUUCGUUGAGUUUCAAAUCAUCGUUCGAGAUAAACACUGUUGGUAAUGAUAGUGAUGAUAGAAUACUAGUUAAAUUUUAUGAAACACAACUGAAAACAAAGAUAUAUUAUGAUCUAUUUGAAAUUGUACAGGAUAUAGUCCAGUGGACUGGCGAACAAAAACGGCAUUGGCUACAGAACCCACGGGUUAUGAAAUUAUUUCAUUAUUUACGUAUCAAAUGUCCAUCGCCAAAAAAGUUGAGGCAAGCCUCAUUCAUAUUAAGACAAUAUCUACCAAAUUACUCACCAGAAGUCAUUCAUUCCAAGAAUAAUUUUCAUUUUGGUCUCAUGGGUAACUUGGAGCCAGCAACAUUUAAAAAGCUCUUAGCACAUGACAUUAAAUUAGCUAACAAACUAAUUGACCGGGCUGUUUAUAUGAAAUUUGAAGAGUAUUAUUUUUGGCCGAUAUUACGACAUGUAAAUACGAAAGCGAUCGUGGAACACUCGAUUUUCUUUGAAAAUGAUGUGCGCAAUGAAAUCAAACAAAUGCCUUCGAACAGCAUGUGCUACAGGCUAUUUAUGAGGAGCUGGAAAUUUUAUAGAGAAAAUGAUUCACCUAGAUCUUGUUUAAAAUAAUACCACUUCCUAAAUUUACAAUUACAAUUAUGUCAAACUACUACAUAGUAGUAUAAAUCUCUUCACUAAAGUUAUAGAUUUUUAUUUGGUUGUUCACUGUUUUCGCAAGUAUCAUUUUCACAGUAUUUAACCCACUUAAUACAUUUCAAUCAGUUGUUGUUUUUUUAAUUUAAGAAUGAACUGUGAUGCAUUUAAAUUCAUGAUGAUUUUUAUUGUGUUUAAUAUUACUACUAUUACGACCACCAUUAGGACUAUUGAUAUAAUGUUGGACAAGGACGUUUACAACUGAUACUCUAUUCACAUAUACACACUAUCUUCGUAUUCAAUUUCAUUUGUACACAAGUACUAUUUCGUCAGUAAUGUUUGAGUUGAACACUAAUUAAAUGUAAAUGGUCAUUAAGUUUAAUUGUGAAUGACCGUGAUGAACAAGUCAACAUUACAAGAUUAUUCUAAAGUGAAAGAAAAUAACAUAUGUAUGUGCACAUUCUUUUGUAUAUAUUAUACAUACAUACAUCUGCAAAUUAUCUAAAUACAUAUUUGUAAUGUUAGUAUUUAAAAUAUUCUCUUUUGCAAUUGUUCAAUGAAUACUUUAUAAUGCUAUAUUCAUAAUGAUAUUAUGAAUCUAAAAAGAAAUAGGAAUAUAAAUCGAAAUGGAUAUCGAAAAUUUCCCACCUGAUCGUUGUGUGUUUUCGUUCUAAUUGCCUUCAUUUUCUACCACAACUACUAUCCUUUGAUUAUGUUUGUAAUACGCAAUUAUACAUAAACACACACGUAUACUAAUACACACGCAGACAGAUACAAACGAAUAAGUACACUUACACUUAUUGUAUACACUUAUGAAUUACCAAUGUUCCUUUUUCUUAUUUUUAAUAAUAAGUGAGAACAAAA